GAAGCCAUGCUUGACAUCACUGCCCCCACGUGUUCUCAGCUUUCCGCGGCGCGGCGCUCGCUCUGUACUGACCCUCCGAGCUCACACGCUACCUGCCCCGCAGCUCUUCAGCCCGGUCCCGGUGUCAGAGGCGAGAUCCUGUGGCUAAUCCUGUCUGUAGACCAGUCUGGCCUCAAACUCAGAGAUAUGUCUGUCUCUGCCUCCAGAGUGCUAAAGUCCAGAGUACUUUAGUCCUGAGGACUCAAGGUGACUAUAAACUCGAGACUACGUAAACUCCUUUCCUUAGUAACAAGGCAGGGGACCUGCAGGUGGGACUGGUGAUGGAGCCUUUGCCUCCCGUGCCCAGUGCUUCGAUUUGACUCCUCCGCCCUCAAGGGAAAGCCUGGUGUGUCUGUCAUUCAGUUUCAGAGUGAUAAAAAUGAAGAGCCUUUAAAAUGAGUUAGCUGCAGGGUGCGUGGUGUACCCCUCGGUUCCAGCAUUCGUACUGGAAGGAGAGAACCGCCUCCCCAGCUGUCCUCCUGCCUGCAUGUACACUAAGGUAAGAAAUCCAGUCUCACUGAAGACAAGCAGAAGGCGGGGCACUUGCUUUUCCAGAGCAGAAAAGAAACUGAUGCAUCAGAAAAGGUGACUAAUAAACAUACUGAAAGAAUAUGGCUGCACAGAUACCGGAAUCUGACCAGAUAAAACAGUUUAAGGAGUUCCUGGGAACCUACAAUAAACUUACAGAAACCUGCUUUUUGGACUGUGUUAAAGACUUCACAACAAGAGAGGUGAAACCUGAAGAGGUGACCUGUUCAGAACAUUGCUUACAGAAAUAUUUAAAAAUGACACAGAGGAUAUCCGUGAGAUUUCAGGAAUAUCACAUUCAGCAGAAUGAAGCCCUGGCAGCCAAAGCAGGCCUCCUGGGCCAGCCACGGUAGAGAGGUCCUGAGGCGGGGACUUGCACUGAAAGAUUGCCAGCAGCUGCUGCAGUCAGAACAAGGAUUCACAUGGUGGAGAAUCCCCUGACACAGCAGGAGCCGUGGUCCACCAUCUGUCAUGACUACCUGACCAAUGGAAACCACCAGAGAAAAACACUGUUCACCAGAAAGAGUCAAAACAGAAGGCCUUCCUGUGCGGUAAAAAUGGUAAGAUGCGGUGGUGUUGAGGCCUUAAGAUUCGUCUGCGUGGUCACCGUGAUUGCAAAAAUAAACCACUGUUCCUUUCUUUGUGACUGUUAAUUUUAAAGCAAAAUAUGUGUCCAAUCAUGUAUGAGAUAGAAAAAGUUUAUUACUAAAAGUAAAUAAAUGAGUAUCAUUGA